AUGUGGCUCUCCAUCCACCGAUCGAUGAAGGCCAUCAAGCGAGCUGACGUGGCGCUGAUCGUGCUCGAUGCCAGCGAAGUGAUGACGGGCCACAAGAAACUGGGGAAUGCAUAUUGGUGUCCGGACAUUCAGAUGCGCUACAUCGCGCGCGCGAUCGAGGAGCGCGGCACGGCAGCGGUGAUCGUGCUCAGUAAGUGGGAUGCGGUGCCCAACAAGGACAGCGAAUCGCAAGAGAAGUUCAUCCAGGCGAUCCGUUCCAACUUGGGCGGCGUGGGACAGUGGGCUGAGGUGGUGGCCUGUUCAGCGAAGACGGGGCAACGCAUCUCCAAGGUGCUUGAAGCUGUUGACAAGACCUUGGCAGCCCACAGGAAGCGUAUUCCAACGAAUGUCUUGAAUGAGGUCGUAAGAGAUGCCUUGCUUUGGAAGCUGCCGCCAGCGAAGGCCUACAACUCCAAACAGGGCCGCGUUUACUACGCCACCCAGACAGCCAUCGAACCCCCACAGUUGGUGCUCUUUUGCAACAACCCACGGCUGUUUGGGCCAAACUACAAGAUCUACUUGGAGAACAAGAUCCGCCAGGACCUUGGUUGGUUCGGCACUCCCUUUCAGGUGGAAUACCGCAAACGGUCCGAGAAGCGUGCCGUGUCGCAGGCGGAGCAAUGGCUAGGUCCCAGGCUGCUGCCUUCGGAAGCUUGGAGAUGA